GCCUUUGAAGUUUGAUAGGGAGAGCACGCCUUUUUGUUUUCUGACCGCCAGCCCAGCCCAAUGCCUGGGCCCGAGCCCGAGCCCGGCCCGAUAUCCUGAGGUCGGGCCCAUCGGCCCCGGCCGGCCCGACGCCCGCCGGCAUGGACCUCCCUCCCUCCCCUACCCGCUCCUUCCCCUUCCUCCCGUACCCGCUCCUUCCUCCCUCCCCUCUUGACCCUGACCCACCCAACGCCAUCCCCGACGAGGAAGCCCUAAAAGCAAGAUUGUGCGUUAUAUGUUUGCCGACUUCCUCCCCCGACGAAAAUGGCACUUCCCGUCGUCCUGCACCUGCAAUCGUCUGGCCUUGCAGUCCUCAGCAGGAAUCCCAAAGCUAGAUAGUCUGCGACGGCGAGAGAGAGACAAGACGAGAUGAUGUGCGUAUCGCCUCUGCCUCUGCCUCUCCAUGGUUAGCCGUCGAGAGUUCACUUCUGUCUCAGAAGAAUGCCCAUCGGCAGCUGCUGCUCGUCCUCCUCUGAUCAGGGUUUCAAUGAGACGGGAACAUGCUGGAAGAGGUGAGUUAACGGGCCGGAUCGGGCCCGGCCGGGCCGACCCGGGCUGCGUCAUCUGGCCCGGCCCGGGACCCGGUUUUCCGGUGGAUUCUGACUACCAUUUCGUGGUGACUCGUUGAGUCCCCGCUGUGUGCGUGUGGAGAGAGAGAGAGAGAGAUGUUGUUGCUUGAUAGAGAGGCCUUGAACUUCAUCUUCUCUCGAGGUUUCUGGAGAAUGUCUCUGCUGUGGACUUUCUCUCUCUUGGGUUCCUACCUGAAGCUCGUAAUCGAUGGCGUCAGUGGAAAGACCAUCACUUUCCCUCGUCUUCACCCAGACGCCUCGACCAGGCCUGUUUGCAUCAUCACCGGCGCUACAUCUGGUUUGGGUGAAGCAGCUGUGAAAUGUUUACUUGAUGAAGGUUUCUAUGUCAUUCUAGCUGGACGAUCCUCUGGCUUGCUGUCUAAGACUGUUGAAGAGCUUGGGCAGAAGGGAAAUGUUCUUCUGAAAGAAUUUGUGGUUGACUUGGCAUCUUUGGAUUCCAUGCUGAAGUUCAAAGAAAGUGUUCAACAGUGGCUUAUAGAUUCUGGCCUCCAUCCCUCCAUCCAGCUUCUGAUUAACAAUGCAGGGAUUCUUGCAACAUCACAGUCAUACACAAUUGAUGGCUAUGAUAGGAUGAUUGGAACCAACUAUUUUGGUGCCUUUUCUCUUACCAAUCUCCUUCUACCACUACUCAGAAACAGUUAUCAGCCUUCUCGAAUAGUCAAUGUGACGUCGUUUACACAUCGAUCCAUAUCUGAAAUAAUUAUCAGUGAGAAAACGUUGACAGUUGGAGACAUGCGAACUUUCACUUGUUCAAAUGGGUAUCCCUUUGCUCGCAUUUACGAAUAUUCUAAGUUAUGCUUGCUUAUGUUCUCCUAUGAGCUCCAUCGACAACUUUGCCUCUCAGACCCCUUGCAUCAUGUCUCAGUAACGGCUGCAGAUCCUGGGGUGGUGAAAACAGGCAUCAUGCGUGAAGUUCCAUUUUCCAUCUCUCGAAUGGCUUACAAAGUACUAGAUCUUGCUGGCCUUCUGCAGUCCCCUGAAAUGGGGGUCAGUUCCAUCAUUGAUGCAGCUCUAGCACCUCCUGAUGCUUCGGGUCGGUACUUUUUUGGUGGAGGCGGUAGGACGACCAAAUCAUCUGCUCUUUCAUAUAACAAGGAGUUUUCUGAGCAACUAUGGACAUGUUCCAAUAAGCUCCUACACCAAAAAUUAUCUGGACCGGAUCACCAUUUCACAGCACAGUAAGAACCUAGUUCCUGCUGAUCACCUUGAUCCCCAUGUGCCACCUUUUAUCCUCAUGUAUUUAAAGCAAAAGCAGUCACCAGUGCCUGUUUUCGAGUUACUUAAGAUUGCAUAAAAUGGUGGACCCAGAAGCCCAGUGAACGGAGGGAGCCAUCUUAGCAUCAGACAGUUAGACAACCUUCUUUAUGUGGAUUCUGCUUUAUGGCAACACCGCAUUUCUUGACCCCUUUGAUGCUUUGUGUACAUGAGAGACCUUUGAUUGGGAACCAUACCAGCGGUAUUGAGGUUCUGGCCUUCAGUGGGGUUCCUCUUUGUUAAAUAGGGAAUGCUUUUUCAUGAUUGUCGUGGGGCCACAAAGGCAGGACAAAGAGUACCCACUUCUAUCAUUAUUUAAUUCCUGUCAAAUUUGUUUUAUUAUUUCUGUCUCAUUGUGAAACAGAUCUUUCGUUGGGUAAACAUUUCUGUAGUUGGAUGUCUAAGUUUGUUUGAUGUACGUAUGUGCACCAAUUGGGUGUAUAUAUGUCUGUUUCUGCGGACUUCCCAAUGUUCACAUGUAAAGUGUUUUCUGUGCUAAAUAACACAAUGAAUAGAUGGUACAUUCAGAAUCGGUGUUUUUUCCCGCAAAACUAAAACUUUU